GAUACCGUAUUUCUGUGCCUUCUGAUAUAUCGAGAUGAAGAUGAAGACAUUGCUAAAAGUAAUGGCUAUUGCUAACUUGUUUGCUUCGAGUGGCGGCUUAUUCACUUAUUUAAGAUACGACCUAAACAACUUCGGCGAACUCAGCAACGGGGCCUUCAAAGUUAUGGCCUACAAGGACAUCGAUUUAGAAUACGAAGUGAGCGUUCCUCCGGGUGGAGAAAACAGCGGCGGGACCUUUUUGCUAGACAGCAGUUCUUACUCGUGUAUGAAACCCAUAAUUGUUAAUCUUGAGAGCAGUCUUACUCUUCGCUUGUCAUUUUGGUGUGACGUCGCAGUCUCGGAGCUCAAGAUCAUCACAACGUGUAAUUAUUAUUCACAGGAAAUGCUAUGUGAUAAUGUUGCCUUCCCGGAGAGAAAUGGAAAAUGGAACGAGACUGUGUGGCUCAAAACCUGCCCCCCAGCCAAUGAUCUGAAAAUAGAAUUGUGUGGAACUGGAAAACAAGCUGGCGCAGCCGUUGGAUUCGAGUACGUGGAAGUCCUGACUGACGACUCCACCCUGCCGCCUACCGCCCCGGGAUCCACCACGACCACAACCCCUGAGCCUACAACUACAACCACAGAAGUAUAUAACUACAACCACAGAGCCUACAACAACCACAGAGCCCACAACCACCACAACCCCUGA